CAGAGAAGAGCUCGCAGUGCUGAUAUAUUAUUGCAAAGUGAAAAGUUAAGCCCCGUUACAAGACGGUCAGCUGUCUAACUUACAUUAUGGAUCGUUGGAAAGGCAGAGUUGCUCUUGUCACUGGUGCUUCAGUGGGAAUCGGGGCUGCAAUCGCAAAGUCUCUUGUCCAGCAUGGUAUGAAAGUGGUCGGCUGUGCCAGAAACCUGCAACAAAUAGAGAAAUUAGCGACUGAAUGCAUCAGUGGUGGAUUCAGUGGAACUCUGAUUCCAUACAAAUGUGAUCUGUCUGAAGAGGAGCAAAUCUUAGCCAUGGUCACCUGGAUCAAAGCACAACAUCAGGGCAUUGACGUGUGCAUCAAUAACGCUGGCUUGGCUCUACCAGAGCCCAUAUUAAGUGGUAAAACCAGUGGCUGGAGGACUAUGAUGGAUGUGAAUGUCAUUGGACUGUCAGUGUGCACCCGUGAGGCUUACCAGUCCAUGAAAGAGAGAAAUGUAGAUGAUGGCCAUAUCAUUAAUAUAAACAGCUUGUGUGGACACAGAGUUUGGAACGUCGCUGAUAUACACUUCUACACGGCAACCAAAUAUGCUGUAACCGCCCUCACAGAGGGCUUACGUCAAGAGUUACUGGAGUCCAAGACACACAUACGUGCCACAAGUAUAUCCCCUGGCAUUGUGGAGACAGAGUUUACCUACCGACUCUUUAGUCACGUACCAGGAAAGGCUGCUGCUACCUUUAAAAGUAUAAAGUGCCUGGAAGCAGAUGACAUUGCUAUUGCAGUGAUGUAUGUCCUAAGUGCUCCCCCUCAUGUCCAGAUUGGAGAACUUCAGAUGCUACCUGUGGAACAGAUGUUAUAGAUGCAUGAACAGAUUGACAGGGCAAACUGUCCCUAACAUCAUGACCAUCAUCUUAAAUGUAAAAAAAUAUUUGAAAAUGCAUGAGAAUAUUUGAAAAUGUUUAUGGAGAUGAGACAUGUAGUAAUCCAUCCAUCCAUCCAUCCAUCGUCAACCGCUUAUCCUGUGUACAGGGUCGCGGGGGGCUGGAGCCUAUCCCAGCUAACAUUGGGCGAAAGGCGGGGGACACCCUGGACAGGUCGCCAGUCUAUCGCAGGGCACAUGUAGUGAUAUCAUUUGAAAUAAUAACAUUUAUAAAUCUUGUGUAAUGCAUUUACAAUUGUAUAAUUAUUAUACCGGUUAAUGUUGAAAUGUUAGUAGGAAGGACUGAAAUUAGAAUUUGAACAGUUGACAUAAAUGCUUUUGCUAACUUAAUGCCUUUUUUAAAUCAAAACUUCAGAAUGCACAAACAGUUUUAAGUAAAUCUGAGGUUUCUUGUUUAAAUCCUUUUUGACUUCACGUGCCUCAUAACUGUUACAUUUAGCUUUAUCUCUUUUAUUGUACAUAGACAUAGUUUAAUUUUGAAAAAGGAUCGACAGUGCAGUUAUAUCCAUGACAAUGAAUGUAAUUUUUAUAAGUCAUUAUAGCCCUGAUAAUGACCCAGUUUGUGCGUUUAAAAUAACUCUAAAUUUAAAACUCUACAUGUUCUUUCUUCUUAAAGUGUAUGUGAUGAAAUUAUCAAAAAUCUUCUUACCUGUUCUAGUUUUCUUUGAAAUCAAGAGUGAAAACUGUUGAAUAAAGUAAUGAAAGUACCGCUAGCAUUGAAAGCUGU